GCGUUAGUGUCUAUUGCAUUUCUUUCGGCAUCCAUCUGAUUCCUUUGUUUUAAUUUCUCCCCAUCCUCUGGAGUCGACCAAACGACAAGCGGGGAGCGCAUGUGACUGGGGAAGAAGGUUCUCCCACCCCCAAUGGUUCUUGGUUUGAAUUCAGGAACCAAGUCAUUUUGGUUUCAAUAACACGCUGGCCUAAAAUGCUCGCUGACGAGACCCAGUCUUGCUUUGCCGCAAUCAUCCCCAGCGCGGUCAUUCCCCAGAGCUCUGCCCAAGCCGGCGGGAAAAAGGUGCAGCCUGCUCGCUCUCUGGGUCACAAUCGUAAAAGUGGUGUCUGGGCAACCGGCAGGUCUGGGCGCAGGGAGGCAAGCAGGCAACAGCGUUUAUUGCGUGUCCCGCUUGCCAGCGGCUCAGUGACAGGACGGGCUUCCCCCCGUCUCCUUUCCCGAUUCUUCCCUGCUCCAGAGCUAUCGCUUUGCAGUCGGAGAGCCAGGCGGAGGUUGAGUUGGACUAGCCCACCCGCAUGCAGUUCCCGGAACGCGACAAGAGCGCUCUCCUUCCCCCGAUUAAUGGGGCCGCUCCAGCUCCUCCCGCGUUCCUCCCCGGCGCACCACCAUGGAGACCCAGGUCUGCGCGAACAGCGCCGCCACCGCCGCCUGCUGUAGGUAGACUAAAGUGGGAUCCUUAUGAAUCGACAAUGAAACAUGAUUUUGUCUUUAAAUCUACAACAGACCCUGAAGCAGAUUGUGCUAGAGCAGGGACAGGACACGUCAUUCCCUUUCAAGUAGAUGAACCAACUGCAAAAAGUAUCUACAAAGAUGAAUUCUGCUGGAAGCCAUAUUCCAAGGCAGAGCCUAUAACUAACGGGUUUGUGACAGUAAAGGACAGGAACAAUCCUCAGCCUGGAGAACGUUUCCUGAUAUGGCAACUGCCUCGAGAAGAAGCAGCAUUACCUACAGAUAGCUUUUCACCAUGGACAAAACCUUUUAGUAAACAAGAUUUGGAGGAGGUACUAAAGAAGCAGUACAAAACAGUAUACACAAGAGAUUAUUUAGGAAUACAGCCAGGUGCUCCAAGGGAUGAUGUUGCUCUCCCUCCAGAUUGGAAAACAUUACUGCCAAAGCCACCAGAUACUGAAGUCAGGCGCCAUUAUCAGCCACAAAUCUAUGCACCUGAAUUAAUGGACUUCACUUGGAAAUACGGAUGUAAUGCAAAACGUAAAAUUCCGGUCAAAGGUGCUGUGCCUUCAAUGACAAUUGCUCAGAUCUGGAAUCAUGAACAUAGCAAACAUCUGUCCACCUAUCAGAAGGAUUUUGGAAAUGAUUAUCUUGAUAUCCUAUCAGUUCUGAAUUCCGUAGAUCCAGAAGAAAUUAAAGAAUAUGUGGAAAGAGCUCCUAAGCCAGAAAAAAAAAUCCUUCAGAAUUUUCUUGAUAGAGUCAGUGGAGACAAAAUAUUACAAAGACCUUCCUCAUCAAAGAAGUCAGAAGAAAAUCCAAUCAAAUGCAUCUGAUACUUUUCAGAAGAAAUUUCAUCAAUAUUGAAGGGUGGCUGUUUCAAAGUUCAAUAUCCGUAUGAUCUGUCUUAAUAGUAAACCAUUUGCAGACUACUUUAACUUUUCUUAUACUUGACAGUUUCUUUAGAAGUCUUAAAAGACUGCAGUGGCAUUACUAGUUUUCUAGCACUGACAAUAUAAUAUGAAUUGAAGCAGUUUUCAGUUAUUAUUAUCUAAGACAUGGUAUGCUUGAUAUAUUGCAGAUCAAAUCUCUUAAUCAAUUCCAGUUGCACUGGGGAUUAAUUUUCAUCCUGCUUUGAGAUUAUAUUAAUUUGUCAAAUACCUUUGUUUGACUGACAUAAUGUACUGACAUAAUAAUCAGAUACUUUAAUUGGGACUCUAACCUUACAGAUUUAAUAAAUGGAUGAGUUUUAGUUGAUAAAUUGCUUGUUUUUUUGCAACCUGAUAUCCUUCCAAUUAUGCUAGGGUUGCACCUCCUAGAAUAUCCAGCCAAAAUAUUGAUUCCAAAACAGUUGAAAAUCCCCCAAAGAUAAAAUUAAACAAUUGCAUUUGCAUAGGUGAAAUAUAGAGGCACAAUUAAAUCAUUAAAUUUGCACAGGUAAAAGUAGGACGUGUCAUCUUAAAAGAACCAUCUCAGAGUAUGAAAAAAGCUGAUUACCUGACAUUAGGUAUUUACAUAUUUUCUGUAAAUAUUUGUCUGGUUAAGCAUUAACAUUUGGUCAAUCAAAUACUUCAAUGAACCUCUUUAUUUCUUUGAAGCCAUAUUUUUACAUGUUGCUAGAUAAAGAUCUGUAUUUUUACAUAUUAAUUAUGUUCAUUGCUUUAUAAAUCUGGUCAGAAACAAAAAAAAAACCAGGACAAGCUGAUUAGAAAAUAUUUCUGUUGUAUAUGUUUAUUUUAUAUUAUUUUUGGUCAAUUCAGUAUUCAGUUACAUUAAAAUCCAUAAAUACAUCCAAGGCCAUGGAACAGUUAGAGGGGGAAAUUAAGGCUCACAAUCCCUUGCACACUUAUUUCAAAAUAAGCCUGCUGAUUGUGCUAUUGACAUUAUGAUAGAAUGUAUAAUAUUCCUGCUGUGCUUUAUAACAGCCUAAUCAAACCAUAUGCAAAUUAGGAGAAUGUUUAUGGAAACACUGCUUUUCAGAUACAGCUGAGUACGUGUAUGAGGGUAGGGAAGGAUAAAGAUAAAAACCUCUGCUCUUUAGUGACAUCAAAUAGAAGUGCAAGGAAUUAAAUAUAAAGACAAAGCUAAUACAGCUGCUUUGCUGCAGUGCAAGAGGGAUAUUACCCAGUUGCUUUAAUACAUUUAGGAAAGCUGGUUUGGUGCAAUGUGCUCCUUUCAAAUGUUUUGCAUAGCUCUAGAACAGUGGUUCUCAACCUUUUUAAUGCCGCGACCCCCAACCGGUCGUAAGUCGAGGACUACUCAACUGAUCGUAAGUCGAGGACUACUCAACUGGUGCAGCACCGUUUGCAGAA